AUGAACAAUCGAAUCAAACUCACUUGCAUCAAAGCCACACCAAACAAGUGGGUAUGUAGAGCAGAACACAAAGAUUCUGAUACGCCAGUCACUUUUCGCUCUCCAUUCACCAACAACCAAGAGGGAAGACUGAGGUGGUAUCUUGAAAAGUAUGCUACCAAAGAUCCUUUUGCAGGCAGCAAAGCGAGUGGAGUUGCCGCAAGUAUAAAGCAAUAUGCCCACGAUCUUUUUGAGCAGCUUCAGAGUAUCGUAGAAUUAUGGGGCUUGCAAAACACCAAGGAACCAUUGGAUCUUCAUGUGCAGGGAACAGAGGAUGAUCUUUCCAUACACAAACUACACUGGGAAGCUCUCGAGCAUCCAUCACUCCCGGUCAAAUUUUGUGUAACAAGAGUCAGCACUCCAGUUUCGGCAAAUGAAUUAUCUGGUCGAGAGGCAUGGAAACAGGCCAAUGAGACCAGGCGGCUUCUCUUCGUCACUUCUCGUAUUGUGGAUCCUUCAAAUCCUGAGGAUUUCAUAAGCACCAGGUUGGUUUUGAAACCAGUGCUCGAUUCGAUCGCGAGCAUGUCAAAGUCCAAUAUAGAUCAGCCUAAGCAUGUGAAUAUAGACAUCGUUCGACCAGGUACAUUUACGGCGUUGAAAGAGGCUUUGAAUAAUGGGAGAGAUCGUUACGACAUUGUACAUUUCGAUGUACAUGGCCAGAUAAAAGACGACAAAGCGACUCUACUUUUCAUGUCGGAUAUAGAUCGCACCAUGUACAACCCAGUGGACGCCACGGAUGUCGCUCAUGAGCUAAGAGCCGCAGGAGUGGAUACAGUCAUUUUGAACUCGUGCAAUUCAGCAAACGCGACUACUCGAGUCACCGCAAAUCUAGCUAUCACUCUUCUACAGUCUGGCAUCAGCUCGGUGCUCGGUAUGUCAUACCAACUUCAUAUCAAUGCCGCCACCAUCUUCAUGCUAGCAUUCUACCGGGCUUUCUUGGUCGAAGGACAUUCGAUGGAAGCAUCUGCAAAUGGAGCCAGACGAGCCUUAAGAUCUAAACAACAAAGAGAAGCACGAUUCCAAUAUCGUGUAGAUGUUGAAGAUUGGUUGGUGCCAGUGUUGUACAGACUGCAGGACCGCUCGCAGGAUGUCAGAAACGACAAUAAGACGACCAUCGCAUACAUCGAUGAUCUGAAUCUUUCAGAAAUCAUGACUUUUACUGAGGGUCAGAAGAAUGAGGACGAGCGGAGGUUAUUUGGCCGUGAGAGCAGUGUGCUGGACAUUGAGAACCAACUCUUGGCCAGCAAAGGCGUUCUCCUCCUUGAAGGGAGCCUUGGAUGUGGCAAAACCAGUCUGAUCUUGGAUUCGAUAGACUGA